UCCCUAAAUUAAAGUUCGAUCAUAUGUUUUAAAAGGUAGUCAUUAAACUACCUAAAUCAAUUUGUUUUGGUUUAUUUAUUUGCAUAAUUUGUUAGAAAAUAAGCUUAUUUGUGAUUACUGUAUAUUUUACAUUCCCGGUGGAUUGAAUUCCAAAAGAUUUCAAUCAUUUAACUCACGUAAAAUGAUUAAUGAGGUUGUUCGGCGGACCAAUGGUGAACAAUACUCUCCUAAAUCAAGUCCGAGAGGUAGUCGAUCACCGUUGGUUAAUAGCAGACAGGACACAACGGGUACUCUAAAAACGACCAUUUCACUGGGUAAAACCCCUACAAUUGUGCAUAGUGGGCCUUUCUAUUUGAUGAAAGAGGUUGGAGGUGAAAGUGAAUUAACUGGUGCAACAAAUUUAAUAAAACACUAUAAUCUUGAACAUUCUUACAAUAAAUUUUGUUUGGGACGAAAAAUUAAGGACCAAUUAAGUGCAUUUUUACCAAAUUUACCCGGGAAUAUUGAUGUUCCUGCUACUCCAAAUGAUAGUUUAAGGAGUCUCAUGGAAAAACCGCCAAUAGGAGGGAAAGAAAUUCUACCUCUUGCUCAAAAUCAAUUAUCUGGUUUUAGGCUUCAUUCUGGCCCAUUACCUGAACGAUAUAGACUUAUGCACCAGCCAAUUGUAAAAAAGAAGCAUAAAUCAAAGAAAAGUAAAAAUAAAUCAGAGGAAACCUCUAACCAUGAGUCUCAAAUUGAAGUAGCGGAAACUUCUGCCACUGGAGGACAUGAAAAGAAGCAUAAAAAUAAAAGGAAACACGAAGACGAUAAGGAAAGGAAAAAGAAAAAGAAGGACAAGAAAAAGAAGAAAGCAAAACACUCACCUGAAUCUGUUAAUACAUGAUUACCAACAUUUAAAGUAAAUUCUGUACAAAAUGAAUAUGUCAGUUCAUUCUUAAUCAGCAUAAUCAUCAUAUAAAGAGCAAAAAGACAAAACAAAAUAUACAAACACACAAAAUCUA